AAUGACUACCAUUUUUAGUUUCUUUAUUCUUUUCACUUGUUACUUCAUGAGUGUUCAAGGAAGAGUAAUGUCUUCAGAAGAAUCUCAUAUAAUGCUACCCUCACAAAAUCUACAAAGUUUAACCCAUUUACACUUCUAUUUCCAUGACAUCCUAGAUGGUGAAAAAGCAACCACACUCAAAAUUAUCACCCCGCCUAGUGAAUCAUCUCAUGGUCCUUUUGGAGCUACUUACAUUAUAGAUAACCCUUUGACUAAGGAACAAAAUCUAAGUUCAAAGCUUAUUGGAAGAGCUCAAGGAACCUAUGCUUUGGCUUCUCAACAAGGUGAUUUUGCUUUUAAGAUGGAUAUUAAUUUUGUUUUUAUAGAAGGUAGAUACAAAGGGAGCACUCUUACCAUGCUUGGAAGGAAUGUAAUUAUGGAUGAAGUUAGAGAAAUGCCUAUUGUUGGAGGAACUGGUGAGUUUAGGUUUGCAAGAGGGUAUGCUUUGGCAAAGACUGUUUUGUAUAAUUCUACAUCUGGAAAUGCUAUUGAGGAGUUUAAUAUUACAAUUUUUCAUUUCUAAAUUUCUUGAUUGUUUUGUGCAUCAAUAAACACACUUGUAUCUUGUUGUAAGUAUUGUGUGAUGUAAAAAUUAUAUUUACCAAGUGUUAUUUUUUUAAGAUGAUGAGAACUUGAACACUCUUCAUUGAUUAAACUUUAAUAUUUCUUGGCCCUUGUGCCUCAAAUACGAUACAAACUUCGAGCCGAAUUCUAUUUGUAA